UUAGAGUUUUCAGAGCAAUGUACUCGUGGGAAACGGAAAUGGAGGAAGAGGAGGAGGAUUUGGUCGGAGGCAGAGACAGAGAGUUCGGAGGGAAAAAUGUUCUCAUCUUCCUAGUUGACGGAUCAGCAAGGAUGCAGGUUGAGGAUGAAGGAGAAACUUUACUUCAGAAAGCUCUUAAAGCUGCCAAUGCAACACUAAAGAGUAAGAUAUUCGGAUCCUCUAAAGAUAUAAUCGGAGUUGUUGGGUUCGGAACCACAAACAAGGUUCCGGAGAAAUUAGAUUUUCAACAUAUCAGUGAAUUGACAACUAUGGGUCCACCAAGCAGAGAUAGUAUCUUAGCUCUAGAAUCUCUACUUUCUGACUCCGGGACGGAGAAGUUUAAAACAGAGUUUGGUUCGGACGGAGACAUUAAACUCAACGAGGUUCUCUGGCACUGUCAAUCCUUGAUGUCUGAUGUCAAGGGUAAGGUUGGAUCGCGGAGAAUCCUUCUUCUAACCUGUAAUGAUGAUCCACAUAAUGGAGAUGAAACCUUAAACCAGCAGGCUAGGAGGAAGGCUGGGGACCUUCACUCAAACAAUAUAUUUCUCGAGGUGAUUCCUGUAACCAAACCAGGAGAUAACUUUAACAUGGAAAAGUUCUACUCAGAUAUCGUCAAACUGGCCGACGACGACUGGACGGGGACUGUGACCUCCCUGGAUAGACUGACAGAUAUCGUCCUCAAGAAAACCUUUGUUAAGAGGACGACCUCGCGGCUCAAGUUUAAUAUCGGAGGAGUUGAGAUUGGUGUUGCAACCUACAACAUGCUGGGUAGAGCCAGUAAACCCACCAAGAUAAAGCUUGCGUCUGACACUAACGAGGAGAUUAAAUCUGACAGAACCUGGAUCCAUCCGAGCAACGGAGCUCCACUCCUCCCCUCUGAUAUGGCAAAGUUCAUGAGCUACGGCGGAAAGAACAUCAAAAUGGCGGAGAAUGAGGUAUCACAAAUCAAAUCUUUCGGAGAAGAGGCGAAUUUUCUUAAACUUCUGGGAUUCCGUUCUGCCUCAACUCUCAAGUUUAGAAACCACGUCAAAAUUCCUCAGUUUCUCUACCCUUGUGAGAACCUAGUGAAAGGUUCUCGAUCUCUUUUCUCCUCCCUCCUAGUUCGCUGCCAUGAGAGGGAGAAGGUUGCCAUCUGCUCCUUUAAACAGAGAAGCUCUUCAGGACCCAGCUAUGCAGCUCUGGUUCUCAAGGUUGAGGAGAUGGAAACCCUGGGUUUCAUGUUAUUUAUUAUCUAUAUCUUAUCUAUGUCCCAGCUAUGCAGCUCUGUUUCUCAAGGACUCAGCUAUGCAGCUCUGGUUCUUCAGGUUGAGGAGAUGGAGGAAGGAGAACAGACUAAACCUCCAGGUAACUUAAUUUGUUUAUUUAGAACUGCCGUUGACGCAGCUAAGAGUGUGAUCAGUAAACUGAAAUUAAAGAAGUUUAUCCCAGUGGAGAAUGCCGGGAUCCAGUCCGUGUACAACAUGGUGGAAACCCACGCCCUUCACAAGGACACCCUUGUCAAGGUGGAGGACGAGACUCUACCAGAUAUGGAGAGGAUGAAGAGAAAGCUAGGAGAUCGGAGCCAGGAGUUCCUACAGGAGGUUUAUCAGGAGGGAUACGACCCGUCUGCCCCUGUGAAGAAAGCUGCAAAACCUCGGGCUCCCAAACAUGAGAAACCGGAUGUAAGCGCAGACCUGGAUAUGGAGUCCUUUGUGAAGUCAGGGAAGGUGAACAAGCUGACGGUGGACGUACUGAAGGGAUGGUUGAAGACCAGAGGAGUCCAUGUCUCCAACAAGAAGAAGGCUGAACUUGUUGACGCGGUUCUUGCACAAUUUAAGGAGAACUCGUGAAAUCUUUUUGCUUUUUCAAUUUUCUGUUUUCAGUUUUCCUAUUUUUUUCCAAAUCUUGUCCUUCUUAAGCUAACCAUAAUCCCAUCUCUUAAUCCUUGAUCCUCAAAACUGUAAUAAUCCUGAAACCUUCAUUUUUUAAUUUUUUUUUAUAUAAACGUUCAGUCGAUCCUAGAAGAACUAAAUAUUGGUGCAAAUUCUUCUUUCAUUCUUAGUUUUCGUUCUUAACCUCAAAUUUCCUUGUUAAUAAAAAAAUAUAGUAAACCGUUAAA